AUGUCGCUGACGGCCACAGUCAAUCCGCUGGAGCUGGGCUCUGAGGCAAAUCCUCCCCAGGAUCUAGCGACGGAGUUUGAGGUCGAUAAAAACGUCCUUGCGAAUUUCCCCGACGGAACAAAAGUCUUGUCUGCUUCUCCGUUCGGCACUUCAGCAUGGACAGUCACUGCCAAACUGCAUCUGCAACUGCCAGAUGGGGUCGAGGAACGAUACUUUUUAAAGACCGCACCGAACGAGCACGGGCGAGUCCUCCUCGAAGGCGAGUUCCACUCCAUGUCGGAGCUCUACAAGUGGGCGCCGGAACUCGUCCCUAAGCCUCAUUCAUUUGGCAAGUGUGCCAGCGAGAAGUCCGAAGCCUACUUCUUCUUGUCGGAAUAUGUCGAGAUGACGAGUCGCAUGCCGGAUCCCAAUCAGCUCUGCCAGAAACUGGCCCGACUUCACAAGGAGAGCGAGUCCCCGACGGGGAAAUUUGGGUUCCAUACGACGACCUGCCAAGGCCGGUCCGCGCAGCGUGUCGACUGGGAAGGCAGCUGGCGUGUCUUCUUCACCAAUCUCCUCCAGCACGUCAUUGACAGAGACUUCGAGCUCAAUGGCCAUUGGGAUGCGCUUGAUCAGCUGGAGAAGCGGCUGAUUACAGAGGUGGUACCGCGCCUGCUCGACGCUCUGGAGCAAGACGGGAGGACUGUCAAGCCAAGCCUCAUCCACGGAGACCUUUGGGAAGGCAAUACGGGCACGUCGCGCGAGAACGGAAACAUCUACAUUUUUGACGCGGCGGCAUUCUACGCGCACCACGAGAUGGAAGUUGCAGACUGGCGGUGCUACUACAACAAGAUCAGCAACAAAGCUUACACGAGGACGUACCAACGGUACAACAUCCCGAGCGAGCCCAAAGCCGAGUGGGAGGACCGCAAUCGGCUGUACAGUACUUACUACAACGUUAUCUACUCUGUGAACCAUGAGUCCCAGGGCAAAGCAGUGCGUCAGCUCGCUUAUAAUGACAUGUACUUUCUCAUCGACAAAUACGCACCGUUUCCAGAUGGCGGCGGACCGAAACGCCUCGUUGACACGGAAAUGGCGACGCUCUCUGCCGAACGCGAUCAUACAGUCUGA